AUGUUCUUUAUAUCUUGGCUAAUAUUCUUUAUAAAUCAGUUAAUAACAAAUAUCAGUGCAAAUCAAUGUCCAACUUAUAUGUUAAGAAAUUCAUAUGUGCAGGGACAAUGUACAUGCUAUAACAAUAAAUAUGAAACGAUUUCUGUAAUCUGUAAUAACGUAAAUUCAUUGGAUACUAUUCUUGCAAUAUUAUCGAGGAUAACUGUACCAAUUGAUUCUCUUAUGAUCAACAACACACCAAUUCCUCAGAUUCCAUUCCAGGCAUUUCAAGAUUUAAUAAUAAAACGAAUAUCAUUUCAUAAUAAUAAUCUUUUCGGAAUUCAUCCACACGCAUUCAAAGGCAAUUUGAUACAAUCGCUAGAGAUGCUGGAAAUCAAGCAAAAUCACCUCAAAAGUGUCCCAUUGUCGAGUAUAUCCAUACUUCGCAACCUAGAAACGCUAAUACUAUCAAAUAAUAAAAUUACAACAAUCGAUUCCGAAACAUUCGACAAGUUUGAAGGCAAAAAUAAACUCUUAAAUCUCGAUCUUAGUUCAAAUAAUAUAUCAGCAAUAGCAGAUGAAGCCUUUCACGGAUUCGAUAAUCUUCAAUAUCUUAAUCUCGAUAAAAAUCUACUAAAAGCAAUACCGGCUAAGGCAAUAAACUCAUUAAUUAACCUAAGAGAAUUAUCAAUUAGUGUUAAUUUGAUUGCAUCAAUAACUGACGAUCAACAAUUUCCUCAACUACCAAAUCUGCGAUCGAUUUCCCUAGAAGCUAAUCAGAUCAAAGAAGUGGAAGAUUUAGCAUUCAGCAAUUUGCCAUCACUUAGAUACUUGGACCUUAGUAAUAAUAAAUUACAAUAUCUACCGGAGAACACAAUUCUCAAUUCUUUCGAAAUUACUAAUCCAGUGACAGCUCGAACUUUUUACUUAUACGAAAACGACUGGAAAUGUGACGAGAAAGUUUCAUGGCUGAGAAAAUGGUUGCAGAAUAAUAAAGAUGUUCAAACUAUUGCUCCGGGACAUUCUUCAAUAAGAUGUUUUAGCAACACAAAUAAUUAUGAAAAUUAUUACCACGAAAAAGAUAAUGCAACAAAACAACUUCAAUCAAUUUAUCCGGUUUACUGGACAUUCCAAGGAGCCAACGGACAAAACAAUGAUAAAUCCCUUUACUACAAGCAAUAUCCUUCACAAUUUUACCAAAACUGGAAAAAGGGCGAGAUAAAUAAUGGCAGACCAAAUAUUCCGACGUUACAAAAUCAAUCAGAAUUCAAAAUUGAUGCAAAUAAGAUUAUCGAAUAUAAUAACAGACAACAAGAGAUUACAUCUAAAUCGAAUGCUUGGCCCACAGGACUAUCUGAUUUGAACUUGCUUAAAAGUCCACCCAACAACACCAAUAGUCUUACUGAAUUUACCAAAAAUACAACUGAGAUUUCGAUGGCACAAAGUGAAGGAAUGUCAAAGGCCAGGAAAAUCGUAGUAAUUCUUGGUAAGGCAACUUUUUCAAUUAUUCAAUAUAUGACCAGUUAA